CACGCUAAUUCAAUGUGGUAUGCAACACUGUACUCUCUUUCACGGCUGCGGCUGCAAUCGCCGUAAAAAGUUAAUUUCCGAAACUUUCCACCGGCAAAUCUACCGGAUUUGUUAUUUACCAACUACAAUCGCGUACCAUUAUGUGGCUUCGCUGUGACCAAACAACAGAACCUAAGCGGGGCAAUUGAAAAACCUUUUGGAUAACCUCCAAAGUUCAGACUCCGCAGGCAGAUGCACCUGCUCCGGAAAACAGCACCCCAUUAAAAGUGCCGAGUGAUAAGAGACUGCAGAACCAUGUCUACGUCGUCGGUGGUGCAGCAGUUCGUGAACGGACUAAAGUCCCGCAACAGAAAUGUCCAGAACAAGGCCCACCAGGACCUAAUGUUCUAUGUGAAGACGGAGCUGCGUGAGAUGUCCCAGGAGGAGCUGACGCAGUUCUUCGACGAGUUCGACCACCACAUUUUUAACAUGGUGAAUGCGACGGACAUAAAUGAAAAAAAGGGAGGAGCCCUUGCUAUGAAGUGCCUCAUCAACUGCGAGGGCAGUCUCACAGCUCGGAAAGGUAUUGCGCCCUACCUGAACCGUCUGAGGGAUCUGCUCCUGAUAAAUGACGUGUCCGUCAUGGAGAUAGCCGCCCGGUCCAUGGUGAAGCUGGCGAAUAUGCCCACAUCCAAAGGUGCUGUGUCUUUUGAUUUUGACAUCAAAAAGGCCUUUGAGGUGCUCGGCAGCGAACGGCAAGAGUAUCGCCGGCAUGCCGCCGUGUUUAUUCUCCGCGAGGUGGCCAUCGCCCUUCCCACCUACUUCUACCAGCACAUAAUAACAUUUUUCGAGGUGAUCUUCAAUGCAAUUUUCGACCCCAAGCCAGCCAUUCGAGAGUCCGCUGGAGAAGCCCUGAGAGCUGCCCUGAUCGUCACCGCCCAGCGGGAGUGCACAAAGCAGUCCAGUGAGCCGCAGUGGUACCGGAUUUGCUAUGACAAGGCCAAUGGAAGCUUUAGCGCGGACCUGGCAGCUGGAAAGGAUCAAAAAGGUGUGACGCGAGAUGAUCGUAUCCAUGGAGGUCUUAUUGUCGUGAACGAGCUGUUCCGCUGUGCAAAUGCCACCUGGGAACGGCGUUAUACGUCGCUGAAAACACUAUUCCCGAGGUCUUCGCAUAAAAGCCUUGAGGCCGGUGUCUCCUCGGGCGUGGGUUCUCAGUUUAACACUUUUGUACCGCGACUGAAGAUGCCGUUCAUCGAAAGGCUUGGCGGAACCCAAUCGAGUCUAGCCGAGACUAGUGACCAUAGCGGGGUGGCUAAAUUCACAGGCCACAAUGUUUUGGAAUCGGCAUACGCCCAUGAGAUCCUCCAGGAGCAUUACACCACCAUUUGCGACAACGUCUUAGAGCAGCGAUUUUCAAAGUCACCGUAUGCCCAGCAAGCCCUGUUGCAGAUCCUGCCCCGUCUGGCCGCCUUCAAUCGCGAUGUCUUUGUGGAGAAGUAUCUCAAGUCGUGCGUAGCCUAUUUGAUGCUGAUUCUGCGCGGAAAGGAAAAGGAUCGCACAGUGGCGUUUAUCACGAUCGGAUACAUGGCAGUAGCUGUGGAAAGUGCAAUCGAGACUCAUCUCUCGGCGAUCAUGAGCAGUGUUAAGGUUUCGCUACCAGCCAAGGAUUUGGCCAGCAAGAGAAAGGUUCCUGUUGAUCCUGCCAUUUUUGCGUGUAUUACGUUAUUGGCGCACGCCGUCAAGUCAGAAAUUGCCGAUGAUGUACGGGAUAUUCUGGAGCAGAUGUUCUAUACCGGCCUGUCGCCAUCCCUCACUGUGUGUCUGCGGGAGCUGUCCGAAAAUGUGCCGCAGCUGAAAUCGGCCAUCACAGAUGGACUAAUCGGAGUGCUGUCCCAGGUUCUGAUGAAUAAACCGGCCACUAUUCCGUACGCCGCCAUUCCUCCGAUCGCCAUUGAUCCCUCAUUGAUGCAAAAUGUGGAUACUGCCACCAAGGUGCUGGCUCUCAAGACUUUGGGUACAUUCAACUUUGAAGAACAAAACAUGUUGGACUUUGUGCAGCGGUGCGCCGACUACUUUAUUAUCCACGAACAACAGGAGAUUCGCCUGGAAGCCGUUCAAACCUGCACGAGACUUCUCAAGCUAGCAGUUCAGUCAUCGGAAAACAUGGACAACUCCAAAACCCUCAGUGACACUGUUUCCUACGUGAUUGAGCGACUGCUAAUGGUGGCUAUCACGGACUUGGAUUGCAACGUGCGAAUCCAAAUCCUGCGCUCCCUCGAUGAGACUUUCGACGCCAAACUAGCGCAGCCAGAGUCACUGAAUUCCCUGUUCAUAACUCUGCAUGACGAGAUCUUUGAGAUUCGGGAACUGGCAAUGGUGACCAUUGGCCGGCUCUCUUCUAUGAACCCAGCCUAUGUUAUGCCCAAGCUGAGAACGACCAUGAUCGAGCUGCUAACCGAUCUAAAGUAUUCGGGAAUGAACAGAAACAAGGAACAAAGUGCCAGAAUGUUGGAUCACUUGGUCAUUAGUACGCCUAGGCUCAUCUCUUCGUACAUGAAUCCAAUCCUAAAGGCGCUGGUGCCCAAGCUACAUGAGCCGGAAUCCAAUCCAGGGGUGAUACUGAACGUACUCCGCACCAUUGGCGACUUGGCCGAGGUAAAUGGCGGCUCUAAUGAGAUGGAGCUGUGGGCCGAUGACUUGCUCUCCAUUCUGCUAGAGAUGCUCGGAGAUGCAGGCAGUCCGGACAAGCGAGGAGUAGCCCUGUGGACAUUGGGGCAACUGAUUAGUGCCACAGGAAGAGUCGUGACACCAUAUCACAAGUACCCUGUCCUGAUAGACAUUCUGAUUAACUUCCUAAAAACAGAACAGCGCAGAUCCAUCCGCAGGGAGACCAUCCGAGUGCUGGGUUUACUAGGCGCGAUGGAUCCCUACAAGCACAAGAUGAACAAAGGCUUAAUUGAUAGCCAGAAGGACAACGUAUUGAUAGCCUACUCCGAUGGCAAAGUAGACGAGAACCAGGACAUCUCGACGGCGGAGCUGUUGGUAAACAUGGGAAACGCCCUGGACGAGUACUACCCGGCGGUGGCUAUAGCUGCUCUGAUGCGAAUCCUGCGCGAUCCCACGCUGAGCACUCGGCACACUACGGUUGUGCAGGCGGUGACCUACAUUUUCCAGAGCCUUGGAAUAAAGUGCGUGCCCUACUUGGCCCAGGUGCUGCCCAAUCUGCUGGACAAUGUGCGCACGGCAGAUAACAACCUGCGGGAUUUUCUGUUUCAACAGUUGGCUAUUCUGGUGGCCUUUGUAAAGCUUCACAUUAUCAGCUACAUGGGCGACAUCUUCAAACUGAUCAAGGAGUUCUGGACCCUCAAUACUGCCCUGCCAAUGCAAAACACGUUAAUCAAUCUUAUAGAGCAGAUUGCGGUGGCUUUGGGCUGCGAUUUCCGGGACUACUUGGCGGAACUGAUUCCCCAAAUCUUGCGCUUUUUGCAGCACGACAACUCGAAGGACAGGAUGGUCACUCGGAGGCUACUUCAAGCUCUCCAAAAGUUUGGCAGUACAUUGGGGUACUAUUUGCCCCUGAUUGUGCCGCCGAUCGUGAAGCUGUUUGAUUCGCCCUAUGUGCCCCAGCAGGUAUCUCUGGUGGCCUUGGAAACAAUUAACAACCUGGCCUGCCAGUUGGACUUCACCGACUUUUCAUCCCGCAUAAUCCAUCCGUUGGUGCGAGUUUUGGAGGCAGAACCCGAGUUGCGAGACCAGGCGAUGAUCACGCUUCGCUCGUUGGUGAAACAGCUGGGAAAGAAAUAUCUGGUGUUUGUGCCCAUGGUGCAGCGCACCCUGGUCAAGCACAGGAUUGUAGAUCCCGAAUAUGAGCAGCUACUCAGCGGCAUCCAGUCGAACAGCACUCUGGCGGAUGCAAGUGGCGCAGGGGAGCUUCGACCAGCCAAGAUAAAGAAUAACGAACCCUUUGUUAAUGACAGCAACAGCAACAACAAGAUUACGCAGGCCACCACCUACGAGCUGCGUACGGUUUGGCAGGUUACUCGACGCGUGUCCAAGGACGACUGGGUGGAAUGGUUGAAAAGGCUGUCUAUUGGCCUGCUAAAGGAUUCGCCAUCACACGCCCUGCGAGCCUGUCUAAUGUUGGCCCAGGAGUACGAAACUCUGCUCCGAGACCUAUUUAAUGCGGCCUUUAUUUCGUGUUGGACGGAGCUGCCGCCGGAUCUGAAAACUGAGCUGACGCAGUCCCUGAUCCAGGCUCUGCAGGUAACGGACAUGCCGGAGAUCACACAGACUAUCCUUAACCUGGCCGAAUUCAUGGAGCACUGCGAUAGGGAUCCCAUACCCAUUGAAACGAAACUACUGGGUACACGAGCUAUGGCAUGCAGAGCUUAUGCGAAAGCUCUCCGCUACAAGGAAGAGGAAUUCCUGCUGAGAGAGGAUCCGCAGGUGUUUGAGUCGCUGAUCCUCAUCAACAACAAGCUGCAGCAACGGGAGGCUGCUGAAGGUCUGCUCACCACCUAUCGGAACGCAGCCAACGAGCUGAACGUGCAGGGAAGAUGGUACGAGAAGCUGCACAAUUGGGAUCAGGCCUUAGAGCACUAUGAACGGAACCUCCAUGCGGACUCGACGGAUGUGGAGGCGCGUCUGGGACACAUGCGCUGCCUGGAAGCACUUGGUGACUGGUCGGAGUUAAGCAAUGUCACCAAGCACCAGUGGGAAAACUUCAACACGGAGUCCAAGGCAAGAGCCAGUCCCUUAGCUGCUGUAGCUGCAUGGGGCCUCCAGGAUUGGGAGGCCAUGCGAGAGUAUGUGAGGUGCAUACCUGAAGACACCCAGGAUGGAAGCUUUUACCGAGCCGUGUUGGCUGUGCACCACGAUGACUUUGAGACUGCCCAGCGACUAAUUGACGAGACAAGAGACCUUCUGGACACGGAGCUCACCUCGAUGGCGGGCGAAUCGUACGAGCGAGCUUAUGGUGCCAUGGUCUGUGUGCAAAUGCUGGCGGAGCUGGAGGAGGUAAUCCAGUACAAGCUGAUACCCGAACGAAGAGAACCCCUGAAGGCGAUGUGGUGGAAGAGGCUUCAGGGCGGACAGCGUUUGGUUGAGGACUGGCGGCGAAUCAUUCAAGUGCACUCAUUGGUGGUUAAACCACACGACGACAUUCACACCUGGCUGAAGUACGCCAGUCUGUGUCGGAAAAGCGGAUCGCUGCACCUUUCGCACAAGACCCUAGUAAUGUUGCUGGGCUGUGAUCCAAAGCUGAAUCCCCAGCAACCCCUUCCGUGCAAUCAACCCCAAGUUACCUACGCCUACACAAAGUACAUGGCGGAAAACAACCAACUACAGGAGGCCUACGACCAGCUAAGGCACUUUGUCAACACAUACAGCCAGGAGCUCAGCUGCCUGCCACCGGAGGCACUCAAGCAGCAGGACCAACGGCUAAUGGCGCGCUGCUACCUUCGGUUGGCCACUUGGCAGAACAAGCUGCAGGACAGUAUCGGACCAGACGCGAUACCGGGCGCGUUGGAGUGCUUUGAGAAGGCCACCAGCUACGAUCCCAAUUGGUACAAAGCCUGGCACUUGUGGGCCUAUAUGAACUUCAAGGUGGUACAAGCUCAGAAGUCCGCCCUGGACAAACAGCAGCAGCAACAACAGCAGGGACUGGGCAUGGGAAUGAGUCUCGGCUUGGACAAUGACCUGCUCAUCAUCCAGCAGUACGCAGUGCCAGCAGUGCAGGGUUUCUUCCGCUCCAUCAGCCUGAUCAAGGGCAACUCCCUGCAGGACACGUUACGGCUUCUGACCCUUUGGUUCGACUAUGGCAACCACGCUGAAGUCUACGAGGCACUGCUCUCCGGCAUGAAGCUGAUUGAGAUCAACACUUGGCUGCAGGUUAUCCCACAGCUCAUCGCACGCAUCGACACUCACCGUCAGCUGGUGGGUCAGUUGAUUCACCAGUUGCUAAUGGAUAUUGGAAAAAAUCAUCCGCAAGCUUUGGUCUAUCCUCUGACGGUGGCCUCUAAGUCCGCCUCGCUGGCUCGCAGAAAUGCUGCCUUCAAGAUCCUGGACUCGAUGCGUAAGCAUUCACCGACGUUGGUGGAACAGGCUGUAAUGUGCAGUGAGGAGCUCAUCCGUGUGGCCAUCCUGUGGCACGAGCAGUGGCACGAAGGCUUAGAGGAGGCCUCGCGGCUCUACUUCGGAGAUCGCAAUGUCAAGGGCAUGUUCGAGAUCCUGGAACCACUCCACGCCAUGUUGGGCCGAGGACCACAAACUCUGAAAGAGACGUCCUUCUCGCAGGCCUACGGACGUGAGCUAACGGAGGCAUACGAAUGGUCACAGCGUUACAAGACCUCUGCCGUUGUGAUGGACCUCGACCGUGCCUGGGAUAUAUACUACCAUGUCUUCCAAAAGAUCUCGCGUCAACUGCCGCAGCUCACGUCGUUGGAGCUGCCGUAUGUGUCGCCCAAGCUAAUGACCUGCAAGGAUCUCGAACUUGCAGUGCCUGGUUCGUACAAUCCCGGACAGGAGCUAAUACGGAUUAGUCACAUAAAGACAAACCUACAGGUUAUAACCUCAAAACAGCGGCCUCGCAAGUUGUGCAUCUCCGGAUCGAAUGGAAAGGACUAUAUGUAUCUGUUGAAAGGACACGAGGAUCUGCGGCAGGAUGAGCGGGUGAUGCAGCUAUUUUCCCUGGUGAACACCCUUCUGCUUGACGAUCCGGACACGUUCCGGCGAAAUCUAACCAUCCAGCGGUAUGCAGUCAUCCCUCUGAGCACCAACUCUGGCCUGAUAGGCUGGGUGCCCCAUUGCGACACAUUGCACACGCUGAUCCGUGACUAUCGGGACAAAAAGAAGGUGCCCCUCAACCAGGAGCACCGCACCAUGCUCAAUUUUGCACCCGACUACGAUCAUCUGACCCUCAUGCAAAAGGUUGAGGUGUUUGAAUAUGCCCUUGGGCAAACGCAGGGCGACGACCUGGCCAAGCUGCUGUGGCUGAAGUCUCCGUCUUCAGAGCUGUGGUUCGAGCGCCGAAACAACUACACCCGCUCCCUGGCUGUCAUGUCCAUGGUCGGCUACAUUUUGGGCUUGGGCGACAGGCAUCCUUCAAAUCUUAUGCUGGACCGGAUGAGCGGCAAGAUAUUGCACAUCGACUUUGGAGACUGCUUCGAGGUGGCCAUGACACGAGAAAAGUUCCCUGAGAAGAUCCCCUUCAGGCUGACUCGGAUGUUGAUCAAGGCAAUGGAAGUGACCGGCAUCGAAGGCACCUACCGACGCACUUGCGAAAGCGUGAUGCUGGUGCUCCGCCGGAACAAGGACUCCCUAAUGGCCGUCCUGGAGGCCUUUGUAUAUGAUCCGUUGCUGAACUGGCGUCUCCUCGAUGUAGACAAGAAGGGCAACGAUGCGGCGGCUGGUAACGGCGGAGCCGGUGGUGAAAGGGGCGGCUCCGGAAUCCAGGAUUCCCUGAGCGACUCGAUGGAGGAGUCUCUGCCCAUGGCGAAGUCAAAGCCGUACGAGGCGCACCUGCACCUGCAGCAGGCGGACGAGACGAACAGCAAGGCCAGCCAGGUGAUCAAGCGGGUCAAGUGCAAGCUAACUGGCACCGACUUCCAAACGCAAAAGAGCGUCAACGAGCAGCAACAGGUGGAGCUCCUUAUUCAGCAGGCGACCAACAACGAGAACCUCUGCCAGUGCUACAUCGGCUGGUGUCCCUUCUGGUAAGCGUGUUACUAGCUGAAUUGGAUGCUCGGUAGCUUGUAAGUAUAAAAUAUUUUAUAAUUUAUGUUAGAAAUACGCUUUAACACACUUUAUUUGUGAAUCCAGUUGUAAAUCCAAAAUAUAAAUUCCAAUUUUAUAAAAACCAA